GUGCGCAAGCUGUUCGCAGAGCAGCCCAUGCUGUUGGAGUUAGAUGCCCCGAUGAAGGUCAUCGGAGAUGUGCAUGGCCAGUUCUUCGACCUGCUGCGCUUGCUGGAGUACGGUGGCUCGCCCUCCGAGCGAAACUACCUCUUCCUUGGUGACUAUGUCGACAGGGGCAAAAACUCCAUCGAGUGUAUUGGGCUGCUCUACGCCUACAAGGCGCAGAACCCAGAGAACUUCUUCUUGCUGCGGGGCAAUCACGAAUGCGCCUCCAUCAACAGAAUCUACGGAUUCUUCGACGAAUGCAAGAGGCGGUACAACCCGAAGCUCUGGAAAACUUUCGGGGACAGCUUUCAGUACAUGCCCGUUUGCGCGCUCAUCCAUGAGCGAAUCAUAUGCAUGCACGGCGGCCUGUCUCCCGACUUGACCAGCUUUGAGCAGAUCCACGACAUCCAGCGACCGGUUGAAGUUGGUGACACCGGGCUCCUGGUGGACUUGCUAUGGUCGGAUCCCAAUGCGGACAUUGAGAGCUGGGGUGACAACGACCGGGGGGUCUCCUUCACCUUUGGUCCCCAAGUGGUGAAGACCUUCCUCCGGAAGCACAACUUGGAUCUCAUCGCGCGAGCUCACCAGGUAGUCGAGGACGGCUACGAGUUCUUCGCCGGCCGACAGGUGGUCACAGUGUUCUCUGCGCCGAACUACUGCCGCGAGUUCGACAACGCAGGCGCUUGCCCAGAGAUGCGCAUGUCAUAA